AUGAAGAACGACACAACUGUUUAUAGGUCUGUAUAUGAAGCGUUAGAAUAUAUGUUGAAUUAUAAUCCCGAAAGAUUUGACCCAAGCACUACGUCAUGUACAAUGCCUUUUAUUAAGGAUGGUGAAAUCGUAAGAGUUCCGAAUUCAACGGUUUACACAGCUGUUCAAAACAGUUUACAAAACAUUUUAGCGAAUAUCUUUAAUUCAGAAACUACAGAAAUAAAAUUACCAUAUAUAACAGAUGCUAAAGAAAUUAAAUCAAAAACGACAACAUUAUUUACGUCACUUAAUGAUUUAAUGACUUAUAUCAUUAAUAUUCCUGCACCAACUACAGCAUUUGAUCCAAACUCGACGGUUUGCAGUGUACCUUUCAUAAAGGACAGUUCAUUAAUUGUUUUAAGGGAUUCAACAGUUAAUGAAUCAUUAAAGGCGUCAUUAAUGAAAAUCAUUGAUUUUAACUCAUUCACGAAUACAUAUAAUUCAUUCAUUAAUGUUUCAUAUGCUUCUAAAGAAGGUGAGCCAAAAACUAUCGAUAAAGCGGUGUAUGAAAUAAAAGCAUCAACGACGAAAUUGAAUUCGUUAACUUUUGACGGUGAUAGUUUCGUUAAUGACAUAACAUCGGGGAAAACAAUUUUAACGAAAGAAUAUUUAAAAUCUCAUGUUAGUGAGUUCGUUGAAAUUGAAAAAGAAGGUGGAAUUAAGUUCGAUCCACUGAAUUUCAUUUUCAGCUUAGCGAAUGCGGGUGUUAGUUUCGCUGAAUGGACAACUAUACAGAGUGAAAUAAAUGCAAUAUGGACGUUUUUGGGGUCAAAAGCGGGAAUGGGUGAGCUUGUAAAUGCUGCAAGAACAUUAGGUGAAACAGGA